AACUUGGAUUUGAACUAGGAGGACAUCGUUUGUCGUUGCAGCCAGCAGAGACAGCAAGGCGAAGCUAACAGCAUGGAAGAAUUGGAUGAUGUCGCAGUGUCGAUUUUAAGGGGAGUCUGGCCAAGAACACUCAAAAUUAUCGGGCAGUUCCUCCUUCAAUGCAUCACCCAUGCGACAGACAUCCACUCCUGUGAACGCAAGUCCUCCAAAGUGCACAACCCCUGAAAAGGUUGUGAAGUUAUCCUUUCCAGAAUAUGUUUUGCACACCGACACAGAACUUGAGCAAGUCCGACAACAGUACUUUGAGUUGGCGAAGACAGGCAAACAGCGCAACUGCCAGAUGUCAAAGGAGCUCAGAUGCCGGCUCAUUCGAAACACCAUGACCAGUAUGAUUGCAAUCCUGAGGGCAAAGGGGGAUCGAGAUUCACACAGAUACCCAUCAAAGCCAGAAAUUACUGCAAUGGCAAAGAGAAUAGUACUGUACUACCCCAUGCUGCAGGACCAAGGCCACCAUACAUGGGUCACUGUGUACUCACAGCUAUACAAAAGAUUGCAAAAUGUGAGAUCCCCCCAAAAAAGAACUCCAGAUGGGAGACAUUCAAAGAGCUCUACAAAGAGGCGCUGUCUUGAGCAGCCAACAGACAUAGAUGAAAUGGAUUCAAGUGACUCAACAAUCAUUCUAGAUGGGUCCACAGAAGGAAGUGGCAGCCCAGGCUCAGACCCUAAAGAAAGUGAUUUAGAAGGAAAAAGAAAAUCCCAAAGCCUACCUGAAUAUCCACCCUCUGCCCUGUCCAGUCCUGAUGCUAACAAGUCUGCAGAUGGUGACAGUCCAGACACCAGUCCAGCAACCUUGGCCAAGCACUACAAGGCCCUACAAACUUUGUAUAAAAGAAAAAAUCCAAACCACCAGGAUGUUUCUCAUGUCUUGGAUUUGGAAUUUGUAGCUAGAAGAGCAUUCAUUGACUCAAAUACCAUUCAUGAGGAGGACAGACAUGUGAAGAUUCUCAAGCAUAUCCUUGUUUCAAGGUCGUUGUACAUGUAA